UCUGGGCUGGGGGAGGCGGUGGUGGAGAAGGAGGAGAAAGAGGAGAAGGAGGAGCGGGGCCAGCAGGAGGCAGCGGCGGCAACCCGGCUGUGGUGAUGGUGCAGGUGCCCGGGUUCGGCGCGGAGCUGCCGGGCUGAGUGGCGCCUCCUCCGGGGUCCGCAGCACCGCGGCGUCUCUCCCGGGGGCGGGCGGGCGGGAAGAUGCUGAGCAGGUUGAUGAGCGGCAGCAGCAGGAGCCUGGAGCGCGAGUACAGCUGCACCGUGCGGCUACUGGACGACAGCGAGUACACCUGCACCAUCCAGAGAGAUGCUAAAGGCCAGUACCUGUUUGACCUUCUGUGCCACCACCUGAACCUACUUGAGAAAGACUAUUUUGGGAUCCGCUUUGUGGACCCAGAUAAGCAGCGGCAUUGGUUGGAGUUUACAAAGUCUGUGGUGAAACAAUUGAGAUCCCAGCCUCCCUUCACCAUGUGUUUCCGUGUGAAGUUUUACCCUGCAGACCCUGCUGCCCUGAGAGAAGAAAUAACCAGGUAUUUAGUCUUCCUACAGAUCAAAAGGGAUCUCUACCACGGUCGCCUCCUCUGCAAAACAUCAGAUGCCGCCUUGUUAGCGGCUUAUAUCCUUCAAGCGGAGAUUGGAGAUUAUGACCCGGGGAAACACCCUGAAGGCUACAGCUCCAAGUUCCAGUUUUUCCCUAAACAUUCAGAGAAGCUGGAAAGGAAAAUUGCUGAGAUUCACAAGACAGAACUCAGUGGUCAAACACCAGCAACUUCAGAGCUGAACUUUUUAAGAAAGGCGCAGACAUUGGAGACGUACGGAGUGGACCCUCACCCGUGUAAGGAUGUGUCAGGAAACGCUGCAUUUCUGGCCUUCACACCUUUUGGGUUUGUCGUUCUUCAAGGAAACAAGAGGGUCCACUUCAUUAAAUGGAAUGAAGUGACCAAGCUGAAAUUUGAAGGGAAGACUUUCUAUUUAUAUGUAAGUCAGAAAGAGGAAAAGAAAAUUAUUCUCACAUAUUUUGCUCCAACUCCAGAAGCCUGCAAGCACCUCUGGAAAUGUGGAAUUGAGAACCAAGCCUUCUACAAGCUGGAGAAGUCAAGCCAAGUCCGCACAGUGUCCAGCAGCAAUUUAUUUUUUAAAGGGAGCCGGUUCCGAUACAGCGGCCGAGUUGCAAAGGAAGUAAUGGAGUCAAGUGCCAAGAUCAAACGGGAGCCACCAGAAAUCCACAGAGCUGGGAUGGUUCCCAGCCGCAGCUGUCCCUCCAUAACCCAUGGGCCAAGGCUGAGCAGUGUCCCCAGGACCCGGAGAAGAGCUGUUCACAUCUCCAUCAUGGAAGGCCUAGAGUCCCUUCGGGACAGUGCCCAUUCCACCCCGGUGCGUUCCUCCUCUCACGGGGACACCUUCCUGCCUCACGUGAGAAGCAGCCGGGCAGAUAGCAAUGAACGGGUCGCAGUGAUUGCAGACGAGGCCUACAGCCCUGCAGACAGUGUGCUGCCCACCCCUGUGGCAGAGCACAGCCUGGAGCUGAUGCUGCUUUCCCGGCAGAUCAAUGGAGCCACCUGCAGCAUUGAGGAGGAGAAGGAGUCUGAGGCCAGCACCCCAACUGCUGCCGAUGUGGAGGCCCUUAGGGGAGAGCUGAGGGCCCUGUGUCAGGGGCACAGCAGGCCAGAGGAGGAACAGUGGGCAUCUGAAGGGACCACCGCUACAGCAGCAGCAGCAGCAGGGGUGGGAAAAUAGAGCCUGAUGAACUAAACGAUGCAAGAAAGAAACUGAUCCUGAGAAUGAAAAGCCUCAGAAAAUAGAAUUCCAAGAUCAACAAACAGCCUUGGAAGGGACCAGGAAAAGAAUCUCUUUAAAUAGGAGUUCUAACCGAUGCCUAUCAAGAAAGAAGGUGAAAGUGGCAGAGACCAACUCUUAGAUGUAGAAAUACUGCCCCCUAGGGUCAGCCUCUGCAUCAGGAAAAUAAAAGCUGUAGGAAAAAAGCACUUGCCAUCCUUGCUGAGGGAAGCCAUGGAAGCAUGCAGAAGAACAGCACGAAAGGGUGAGUGUGGGGUCUGAGGCCGGAGCUCGGCAACUAUUAUAAACAGUCACACGUGAGAUCUUGCUUUCAUCUCAGGGAGCGAUUUCUAAGUUAUCUGGGGCCUGAGGACUUAUUUAAAGAUGGUCAGCAGACAAUUCCUGGGACCCACCCUAUACAACAUGGAGCAGCUGCUGACACCUUACAUUGCUGGGCAGUCCCAAAUGAGAAUAGAAUGAGUCACUUAAGAUUUGCUUGCCCCUGGUUUGUCCCCUGAGAUGGCAGAACCAUGUCCGUGUACACAAUGUAACAGCCUUCUAAUAAAAUGGGGUUGUUCUUUUGGGGUGGGUGAAGGGGUACAUAAUUUUAAAUUCCCCUUCAUCGAGACCAGGGGUUGGCAAACUUCUCCUGUAAAGUGCCAGGUAGUAAAUUUUUAAAUUUUGGUUUUGUGGGCCAUACUCUAUGGCAACUAUUCAACUCUGUCACUGUAGCACAAAAACAGCCAAAGGUAUAUAUAAAUACGUAAACAAAGAAGCAAGACUGUGUUCCAAUAAACCUUUAUAUUUAUAAAAAGAGAUGAUGAGUUGAUUGGCCCACAAGCCAUAAUUUGCCAAUCCUGAUUUACACAAUAAAACUGCCCCUUACCAUACUAGCAGAAAGAGGGUCGGCUCUGCUCUAAUUCCUGACAUGAGUUAAAGAUCCAGGGUGCUCGACCAACCAACCAGCAAAGAGAUGUCUGAUGCCAAGAUGAGCAAGACCAAGUACUGGAAUGCUAAAACAUGGCCGGAAUCUAAGAGUGGAAGAGGGCUUGUCUGAUCUUUUCCAUACCAGCAACAAUUUGGGCAGAAUUACAAACAUCUAUUUACCAAGAGAUAAGACAAACUGAGGGAGAUCCUAGUAAAGAUUAGGGAUCACUUAGAAUUAACUAGCCACUGCCACUUGCCAUCUACAUAGGAAAGGCUUUAUUUAGUACAGAACUAAAGUGGAAAAAGUAGACUCAGAUGAAAAGGCUGUUAGGAGAUAGGGGGCCAGUUUUAACCUGGAUAUCUACUAUCUUAUGCAACAUAGCAGAUUACCUUUUAGUGUAGUGUUCCUACCUCAGUUUGUAGAAUAUGGUGUUUCUAUGCAGUGAGUAAUAGCCUCGACUCUGACCAUUCAUAUUCACAUUAGAAAAUGAUGCAGUAUCCCAUUUCUGGGUACAUUUCUUGUGUCUAGAGUCCUAACAGUACAAUAGGUCACACCAAUUCCAACAGCUAGAUUUUUCUCUCUGAAUAGAAACUUUCAGACUCUUUUUUUUCCAGGGCUUAUUCCAGAAAAUACCGAUAGAAAAGUUUCCUUCAAUUUGCUUUUCAAAUAGUGCUUGAAUAACAAACUUCCUUUGUUGGUGACUAGUCUUCUUUGCUAUCUCCCCAUCAUUAAAAAUUGUUCAAGUUUUUAACCUGG